AUGACAGCUGUCAGGAAAUUCAUCAGCCCGCCUAUAUUUCGAGGUGGUCCCGAUGAAGAUGCGCGCCAAUGGAUGGAGCGUUAUGAGACGAUUUCUUCCCACAACGGAUGGGGCGAUGCUGAAAAACGUAACAAUUUCAGCAUAAUGGUCGAUCCAAAUAUGACGGAAGCACACCGAUUGGAACAUCUUUUUCGAGGACUUCGACCGGCUCUUCUUAGAAAAAUCUAUCCGAUGAAACCAAAAACAUGUGAAGAAUUUUUGACACUGGCAAAAUCAUAUACAGAAGCAUCGCUCAUGUCCGAAGCAAGAGGAUGGAAAGACGCAGCAAUGGAAUCACAGAGACCCCCUGAGCAGUUACCGAACCUUUCCGUCGUCUAUCCAGACCAGCAGGCAGAAUUUAUGAAGCCAACGGCGAACGCAGCAGUUAACCUGGCGACUCAAGAUCCUAACGAGCAGGAAGAAAAGCACCUAUUAAAUUUCGAUGGAACAAACUUGAUUAAAGAACCUGUGUUUUGUGGUGAGGUAAAGGCAACGGCAGUAAUUGACACUGGUGCUGCUGUGACAGUGAUCUCUCCCGAUUUAUUGAAGAAAACACAAUUCAUUCAGCAGCCAUGGGAUGGUUCUGGAAUUAUCCUCGCAAAUGGAUCACGAGUAAUGCCCCUUGGAGCAGCCGAAAUUCUCGUGACGCACAAAAACAGAUCUGUGAAAGGAAAAGCAAUAGUUAUGGCAAUGUCAGGAAUGGAACUGUUAAUGGGAAAUGAUUUCCUCGCACAAUUUGGAUCGAUACGGAUUAAUUACCAGGCAGAGAAACCUCUUCUCACCAUGGGUGAUUUUCCGCUUGCGGCUAUCUCUCUUCCAGCCGAGGAAGAAUCUGAAGCCACCGUGUUAGUGUCUAAUGAACGUCAGGAAAUUCCUGCGUAUUCAAUUAAACCAGUUCCAGCAAAAGUGUCGAGCAAAAUGGAAGGUGCUUGUGUCUUGAAACCUUCGAAUUCGCUUAUGGCCACAACAAGUCUGUCUACGGGACACGCCAUCGUGCAGAAUGACCUGGAAAAUAUUCCCGUAGCAAACCUGUCCCCCAAAUCAGUAUGGCUGGAAAAAGGUGUAACGCUUGGUACAUUAGAAGAAUUCCAAGAGGGGGAAAACGCCGAAGAAUCUAAUGAAGCUUCAGGAGAAGUUACGGUGGAGAAAGUAAGUCAAAAAGAAGAAAAAUUAUUGGAUAAUUUGAAAAGCAAAAUCGGAAAAAACCUGGAUGAAAACCAGAAAAGUGAGGUGUUGAAAAUCCUUAGAAAUUCCAUCAGUUGUUUUGCCUUUGAUGAAGAUGAUUUGGGACACUGUACGUUGGUGGAGCAUGACAUUAACACUGGAGUUAACCCUCCAAUUCACCAGCUCCCUUAUAAGAGUGCCUGGAAAGAACGAGCAGUGAUCCAGACACAGGUGGAGGGAAUGCUACUCCUAGUAAAGAAGAAAGAUGGAACUUGGCGUUUUUGUGUGGAUUACCGCAAACUUAAUGCGGUUACCGUAAAAGAUUCCUAUCCACUGCCUCGGAUAGCUGAUACAUUGAGCCGCCUGGAGGGCGCUACAAUUUUCUCCAGCAUGGAUCUUCAAGCCGGAUAUCAUCAGGUUCCGGUUACCAGCAGAGAUAGACAGAAGACAGCGUUCAUAACGGCGGAUGGAUUGUAUCAGUUCCGCGCUCUUCCAUUUGGAUUGACCAAUGCCCCGGGCACCUUUCAGCGGGCAAUGGAUAUUAUUUUGGCUGGACUUCGAUGGACGACGUGUUUGGUGUACCUAGAUGACGUCAUCGUCUACUCAGCAACGUUUGAACAACAUUUGGAACGACUUCAAUCAGUGAUGAAUUGCCUUGCAAAAGCCAAUCUGAAACUGAAAUGGUCAAAAUGUUCAUUUGCCGAGAAUAACCUAAAAGUAUUAGGACACGUCGUUACCCAGGAAGGUGUUGGCCCGGAGCCCCGGACCCUGAAAAAUUAA